AUGCAUGUCCAUGUCAGGAACAUGGAGAAGCCUGCAGUUGUCCCUCUCAACUCACCACUCCUAGAUAAACGUUACGAAUGUAAGGAAUGUGGGAAAGCAUUUAAUAAGCCCUCACACCUCUCUAGACAUAUAAUGAGUCACAGUGGAGAGAGGCCCUAUGAAUGUAAGGAAUGUGGGAAAGGCUUUAGGGAUUCCUCAGACCUCACUUCACAUAUGAGAAUUCACAGUGGGGAGAGGCCUUAUAAGUGUAAGCAAUGUGGAAAAGCCUUUAGGUGUUCAUCGUACCUCACUCAACAUAUGAAUACUCACAAUGGACAGAGGCCUUACGAAUGUAAGGAAUGUGGGAAAGACUUUACUGAUCCCUCAACCCUGUAUAAACAUAGAAGAACUCACAAUAGAGAAAGGCCUUAUGAAUGUAAGGAAUGUGGGAAAACCUUUAGACGUUCCUCCUAUCUUACUAACCAUAUAAGAACUCACAGUGGAGAGAGGCCCUAUGAAUGUAAGGAAUGUGGGAAAACCUUUAGUCGUUCUUAUUGCCUCUCAGAACACACUAAAAUUCACAGUGGAGAGAAGCCUCAUGAAUGUGAGGAAUGUGGGAAAGUCUUUAGUCACACAUCAAGCCUCAUUGCACAUAUGCGAUUUCACAGUGGAGAGAGGCCUUAUGAACGUAAGGAGUGUGGGAAAGCCUUUACUCAUGCCACAGCCCUCACUGUACAUUUGAGAACUCACAGUGGAGAGAAAGAAGUCUUAUGA